AUGGAGGAACUACAGAAAAAAUAUUCAUUUAAUAACAAUUUGACAAAUUUGAACAAAUCAUAUGAGCAAAAUAAUUCUGUUUCGUCCAAUUCUAACUUGCAUAGCUUAGCUCCAGUUCUUUAUUUUCUUCCACCGUCGGAUCCGCGUUCAGAAAAUUCGUUUCGUAAUUACUCGUUUACCGGUGCUUCACAUUCACAGGAAUUUAAAAGACGUACUUCGAAAAAGAAGACCUCUAACGAACUUGCACAAAUCUCAAUAGAUAUGAAUGAAAAAAAGGAGCAUGAAACCGUAGAUAGCACUUUGGAUAAAGAGGUGAAUCCUGCACAGUUAAAUGAAACUAAUCUCUCUGGAGAGCAUCCAGCGCUCAAAGUUACCGAACAGGAUCAAACAGACAAUGAAGAUGACGAGGAGACAAAUUAUGAAGAUGAUGACCAAUCAAGCUUUCAGAAACUUCAUCCUUUCGAGAAAGAACGAAUAAAAAAUCAAUUGCGAUCACCUUUGCAACGCUUUCAAUCGACAUUUUUAUCUGUACUAUCUUUACUUUGGAAUACUUCGGAAGAUUAUAUGCUUCAGUUCAUCGAAUUAGAUUUAUAUUUCAAUACUUUUGAAUUUGAAUUUGGUCUAGGAUUUUGGAAUAUCAUUGAUUUUCUCUCAAUCGUUCCUUUUUACUUGGAUUUGAUGAUUCCUAUCUUAACGAUUGCUUAUUUAAAUACAUUACGACUCCUUAGAAUUUUGAGAAUAUUUCAAUUUGCUAAAAAUUCCGUGGGAUUUAAUAUUACGACACGUGUCUUCCAACGCUCCAUCACUCAAAUAGCCAUGAUGUCGAUUUGGGUCUUCGCUGUUAUAAUCACAUCGUCAACCCUCAUAUAUUAUACUGAACGUGGCAACUUAAAUCACAAUGAUUUUAUUUGGUAUCGAACCGGAGCUGACGGGCAAAUAGAGCCGAGUCCGUAUCAAUCAAUUAUUCACAGUUUCUGGUGGUCAAUCGUGACAAUCACGACUACCGGUUAUGGUGAUGCUGUUCCCGUAACAGGCUGGGGAAAAUUUAUCGCAGGAAUUACAAUGUUGUGCGGCAUUAUGUUGAUUGCUAUACCAACUUCGAUUAUCGGGUCUAACUAUGUAAACGAGUGGGCUUUAUAUCGACGUAUCGAAUUCCAGAUGCGAUUACGAAAAACUCGAGAAAAAGCAAACAAAGCAAGCGAAUUUUCCGGGAGCAAAACUAAACAAAUCGAAAUUCUUCGAAGUCAUAAUCAAACAAUGUUAGAAGCUCUAGCAGAGAUUCAAGAAAAAUUAGCAGACGUUAAUCCCCCUCGUUACUGGCAGAAAUAUAAGACUUUACAAAUGGAUUAUGAAAAAGCUUUAAUACAAAUCUCACAAUUAGAGAGCGAUGUAUUGAAAUGGAAGCGGAUAGCUGAAAACCUCGAUUGUUUUAACAAAAAGAUUUUUCCUGGAUCAAAAAAUCAUCAUGAUGGAACCCUUGGUGCUGGCAAAUGCGAACAUGAAACUUCUGGAGAUGGAAAUGAUGGCUUGCAUAGAACGGGAAAAGUGUGGGAUAAAUUCAGACCAACGAAUCAUCAAAGACAUCACACUAUAUUAGAAAAACGAGACUCUAGGUCUUACAGUGAUCAAGAAAUAGAGACCCAAGAAAAGAACAAAUCGAUAAAUUCAAAAUCAACAAGAGUUAUUUCACAGCUUCGCAAAAAGCUAACACUACACAAUCGAGAUAAAUUUCAUGCCGAACGUUCUCAUAGCAUUGAUAAGGAAAAAGUUGGUUCUAUUGAUCUGUAUUCUCACUCUAACCCAAUAAAUCCAGACGAAAGCUCAAAUAACGAUAAUACAGAACGGACUCAUAAUAAAAUGUUAUCUGGAAACCUUUCUGAUCCUGAGUACAAUUUACAGUCUGUUAUGACAUUUCCCAAAAAAGUUAAAAAGCUUGAACCGGAAACUGGAAAUUUUUCAGCUCGUCAAAAUAUGAAUGCAAAAAGUAAAUCUUCAAACAUGCUAUUUGAUUUGUUUAAAAACGGAAAAGAAGUCGCACAAAAUACAAAUCUCGAUAAAUUCGACUUAAAUACAGGCUCAGGUGCGGGUACUUCAACCGAUAUAGCGAUAGCAACUCCUGCUCAACACCAAAUUGAAGUUAUUGUCGAUAAUCCCGGUGUUAAAGCAACACCAGAAAAUGAAGAACAAUCUGAGCAGAAUAAACCGAUUUAUGUAUCGGCUUCACCAAUAGAUGAAAAAAAUUUACAUGAUUUUAACUCGGAAAAUUCGAAAUAA